AUGACCCAGAAGCAAACUGCCUUUAUCCCUACGCGCGACAUUGCAAAGAAGUGGUGGAAGAGCGCUGUCGUGUACCAAGUCUACCCGGCCUCGUUCUACGACACCAAUGGCGAUGGUGUCGGUGACCUGAAGGGUGUCAUUGCUAAGCUCGACUACCUCAAGGACCUCGGAGUCGAUGCCAUCUGGAUCAACCCCAUGUUCAAGUCGCCCCAGGGCGACAUGGACAUUCACGAAGCGUACGGCACUGUUGCCGAUGUGGACACGCUCAUUGCCGAGCUGCACAAGCGCGACAUGAAGCUCGUUCUCGACCUCGUGCCCAACCACACCAGCGAGGAGCACCCGUGGUUCCUCGAAUCCAAGUCGUCCAAGACCAACCCCAAGCGCAACUGGUACUUUUGGCGCCCACCAAAGUAUGAUGCCGACGGCAACCGCAAGGAGCCCAACAACUGGGAGUCUGUCUUUGGCGGUCCUGCUUGGAAGUGGGACGAGUCAACCCAGGAGUACUACCUGCACAUCUUCGACCAAUGCCAGCCUGACCUCAACUGGGACGAGCCCGAGGUCCGCGAGGAGAUGUACAGCAUGAUGCGCUGGUGGAUCGACAAGGGAGCUGACGGCUACCGAAUCGACGUCAUUGGUCGUAUCAGCAAGAACCAGGAGCUCCCUGAUGCACCAGUGACCAACCCCGACAAGCCAUACCAAGAGAUCCGGCGUGCGGACGGGCCCCGGCUGCACGAGUUCCUGAAGGAGAUGGACCGGGAGGUCAUGUCCAAGUACGACAAGGACAUUAUGUCUGUUGGCGAGCUCAACCAGGUCGAGCCUGACCACAUGCUCAAGUUUACUCACCCGGAUAACCAUGAAAUCUCGAUGGGCUUUACCUUUGACCACUGCAACAUUGGUAUCAUUGGAACAGGCAUGUGGCGCCACGUCGUGGGCCCCUACAAGCUCAGCGAGCUCAAAAAGACGUUCAGCAAGUGGCAAGGCGUUCGUGACAUGGGGGCGUGGCACGCUCUGUACCUCGAGAACCACGACCAGCCCCGGAGUAUCUCCCGCUGGACUAGCGACAAGCCCGAGUUCCGCUGGGACUCUGGCCGCCUCCUUGCCAUGCUCGAGUGCACCCAGUUCGGCACGGUGUACAUCUACCAGGGCCAGGAGAUUGGCAUGAUCAAUAUUCCCGACGACUGGCCGCUGGAGGAAUGGAAGGACGUCCAGACGGGCAACAUUGUCAGGGAGUUCCGUGAGCGUGGCGAGGACGUCGAGCAGUGGACAAAGAAGGUGUACGCCAAGGCACGAGACAAUGCCCGCAACCCCGUUCAGUGGAACUCUGAGGCCAACGGCGGCUUCUCGACGGGCACUCCUUGGAUGCGUGUGUCCCCCGAUUACCUCGAGUGCAACGUCGAGGCCCAGGUCAAUGACCCCAACUCGCUGUUCUCGUUCUGGAAGACGCUCUUGGCCUUGCGCAAGGAGCACGAGGAUGUAUUGAUUUACGGCUCUUACCGCGAGCUCACACCGGAGGAUGAGCGCGUGUUCGCGUACCUGCGGGAGGAGAAGUUCCUUGUCGUCAUGAACUUUACCGAGGAGACUGUCGAGUACGAGCUGCCAGAGAAGUAUGCCACUUCCAAGCUCGUUGUGGGCACCCAGGACUCGUUCCCGGCGACCCUUGGCGCGACCGUGACCCUCCCUGCGUUCGCCGGUGUAAUUUACGAAGUUGUUCAGUAA